UCACUGGCCUCACACUCCAGUACAAUAGGUGGCGUUUUAUGCAUCUUAAAAGUUGGAUGCGAUCCGCCAAACCAAUCACAAAGAAGAAGAAGAAAAAGAAGAAGAAGGAGCAAACAUUUCGCUGCGUCUGCAAAUCUGUGUACGCGACCAAUAAACCUUGAUUUGAUCGAUAGUCACCAACUUGACAAAAGCGAUCCGCUCGAACGCGCCCCUUAGUUGAAGCGCUAACGUGACUUUUUGUUGAUACACGAGUUCACCAGAGGAGUAAAACGUAGUUAUGUUUUAGUGGUUUGUUUCUGUAUAUAGCAAAGACUUUCCGUAGAACUCAAGCAUUCGAUUCGUUGUGAUAGUUAUGUAGCUAUUUGAACGAUAGUAGACAUCUGCUAUCCUCGGUCGAUUCGUCCAAUCUGUCCCAGUGCUAAUGCUAGCUAGCUAGCACAGUGCUCUCUCUAUCUUUUGUGUUGUUUCGGCUGCAGUCACUUUCUCUGACAUGGCCUCGCCUGCACCUGGAUCGGGAUUCCAGAACAAGAACCGUGUUGCCAUUUUGGCUGAACUGGACAAGGAGAAGAGACGCUUGAUACAAAACUCCUCCAUGAAUAACCCAGGAGCCAGCAUCCCUCUGUCCAGACCAGCCCUGAAUAAAGACUUCAGAGACCACGCAGAGCAGCAGCACAUCGCCGCCCAGCAGAAAGCAGCUCUGCAGCAUGCUCAUGCUCACUCUUCUGGAUUCUUCAUCACUCAAGACUCGUCCUUCGGGAACCUCAUCCUCCCCGUGCUGCCACGUCUAGACCCGCCUCCACCGGCAGAAUAACACAAGGAAACUGCAAAAACACCCAACGGCUAAAAGCAGGUUUACAGAUCACCUGUUGGGUGUUGACGAAUGGCAGCAGAUCACCUGUUGGGUGUUGACGAAUGGCAGCAGAUCACCUGUUGGUGUUGACGAAUGGCAGCAGAUCACCUGUUGGGUGUUGACGAAUGGCAGCAGAUCACCUGUUGGUGUUGACGAAUGGCAGCGGGCCGCAGAUCGGCCGUCAUUUGUCCAACGGUUCUGUUGAAUUGCCACCGUUCGUCGACACCCGGCAGAUCAUUUAGUGCGCACGGCCGACGUUCGUUCUGGUGUUUUUUCUCCCUGACAGACAUAGUGACAACACAGACUUUGUUACAAGUUUCUCUCUAGGACUUUCUGAACAAGGUCUUGGGUUGUUAGUUGAAGCUAAGGGUCAUAUUAUUUUUGGAAUGGUGCACCGUACAUCAUGUGGUUUUGAAAGUGUCAUUUUUCUAACAUUUUUUAUAAAUGGAAAAAAAGGCCUAAUCAAAUAAAGAUCAAGUCAAUAGCAA